CCGACGCUUCCCCCGCCUCCUCCCGCCGCCAGCUGACGUGAUUGGCCGAGGAGAGCCCAGUGCGGUGUGCACAGCAUCAGCAGCACAGCAUUACUACGGGAUGGCCCUGUGCCAAAACAUUGGCUAUAACACCAUGAGGAUGCCCAACCUGCUGGGCCACGAGACUCCUGCUGAGGCUGUACAACAGAGCGCCAGCUGGUUGCCACUCCUUGCCAGAGAGUGCCACCCUGAUGCCCGCAUCUUCCUCUGCUCUCUCUUUGCUCCCAUCUGCCUUGACAGAUUUAUCUCACCCUGCAGGAGCUUGUGUGAAUCCGUACGGGACAGCUGCGCACCGAUCAUGAGUUGCUAUGGCUACCCAUGGCCCGAAAUUCUGCGGUGUGACCAGUAUCCCGCGGACCAUCUCAUGUGUAUCUCCUCCAUCACUAACACCACCGCUGACACAGCAGGGCGUAGAGCGCCACAGGCGAGCUGUCGGGACUGUGAGCUGGAAGAGGCCUCCUCAUCAAAUGAUUUACUUGAGACUUUUUGUAGGAGUGAUUUUGUCGUGAAACUACGACUGACAAGGCUCAAAUACAGCCCAGUCAGUCUAUCUCAGUUCUCACUGGCUGGUAAACUGGACGUCCUGAAGCAGGGACCCUUGUUAGGUGGUCAGCUGCGCUCGCGCAUCGAGCUGUGGCUGGAGAGAGAUGCCACCUGCGUGAGGAACAUGACACGCCAACACCCACGAGGCGGCACCUUUCUUGUGACAGGAACAGUGCAAGGGGAGCGCCUGGUGGUCAACAAAGCUUUCGCCUGGCAGAAACAAGACAAGAACCUGAUGGCAGCUGCACGCAAGUGGAAACAAUACCGAUGCAGAAACUAGGAUUAUAUGUUUAGGUAGAAAAAGUCGAAUAGCUGACUUGAACUGAAACAAGCACUAAACAGCUGUGGUUAGGGGACAAUGUUUAGAAUUAAAUCAUAAGCC